CCUCCACCCAAAAAGUGCAACACAUCAUGCACAGCCUUAGUAAGCAUUUUCUUCAAGCUGCAGUUUCAACCGCAUCAUUCAUCCUGGGAAGAAUUGCGCCAAAACGUAAUACCUAGCCUCGCUAGCACAACCGUGGUCAAACUUGGUAGUGCGCUAGUAUUAGUUCAAGCUUGUCAAAAACGCCUCAAGCGGUGUUGUGGCCACCGUCCCUGCCGCAUCCUUUCUCCGAGUCUGUCCUUCACGUUUUCUUUAUGUCGCAAAGAGACGACCUCAGGGAGGGAGGACCACGAGCUGGGAUGCAAGCUUCACCUCCAGAAAAGGUAGAGAAAGCGGAAGUGCUCCCGAGCCAAGCACUAGAAGAACAUAGCAAGAUGCUGGACAAGGAACACAUUGACACGCUAGAUAGUAAACACAAACUAGCAAUUAUACUUUACCGGCAGCAGAAGUAUAUAGAAGCAGAAGAGCUUUUCCAGCAAGUAGUGCAAGGACGAGAGAAGGUAAUAGGCAAGGAACACAUUGGCACGCUAAGUAGUAAACACUGGCUUGCAUAUAUGGUUUACCAGCAACAAAAAUAUACAAAAGCGGAGGAGCUUUUCCGACAAGUCGUAUAUGGACAAGAGAAGGUACUAGGCAAAGAACACGUUAACACGCUCUAUGGCAAACAAGGGCUAGCACUUACGCUUUACUGGCAGCAAAAGUAUGCAGAAGCAGAAGAGCUCUUCAGGCCGACAGUGCAAGGACAAGAGAAGGUGCUCGGCAAGGAACACCUUAAUACGCUCUAUAGCAAACACUGGCUGGCACUUACACUUUACCGGGAACAAAAGUACACAGAAGCAGAGGAGCUUUUUAGGGAGAUAGUACAAGGACGAGAGAAUGUACUAGGCAAGAAACACAUUGAUACGCUAGAUAGUAAACACUGGCUAUCACACGCACUUUAUCGGCAGCGAAAGUAUGUAGAAGCAAAGGAGCUUUUCCAGCAAGUAGUACAAGGGCGAGAGGAGGCUUUAGGCAAAGAACACGUUGAUACGCUUUAUACCAAACACUGGUUAGCACAUACGCUUUACUCGCAGCAAAAGCACACAGAAACAGAGGAGCUUUUCCAGCAAGUAGUGCAAGGACAAGAGAAAGUACUAGGCAAAGAACAUAUUGAUACACUAGACAGCAAAUACUGGCUGGCACUCACACUUUACCGGCAGCAGAAGUACACAAAAGCAGAGGAGCUUUUCCAGCAAGUAGUACAAGGACAAGAGAAAGUACUAGGCAAAGAACACAUUACCACGCUAAGCAGCAAGCACUGGCUUGCACAUACACUUAGCCAGCAGCAGAAACACAAAGAAGUAGAGGAGCUUUUCUUACAAGCGGUGCAAGGACGAGAGAAAUUGCUAGGCAAGGAACACAUUGACACGCUACACAGUAAACACUGGCUGGCACUCACGCUUAGCGAGCAGCAGAAGGACACGGAUGCAGAGGAGCUUUUCCGGCAAACGGUGCAAGAACAAGAGAAGGGCAAGGAACACGCUGGCGCGCUCCACAGUGCAAUUGAACGCUCAAGCUCCAGCAUGGUCCUUUGCUCUUUCUGCAGGAACAUCACAAUCGAUCGAAUAGAUAUAGACACCGAGCGUCCAGCACAACGCGAGUCGGAACCAUUGGACCCAUCGCAACGGUUAACGAGAGACACAACUGACAACAUUCUGUACAACAUUCAGCGCCUGUCUAAAGAGGUAGAGGCCAUGCACACCCAGGCACUGGUACAGGACGAGAAGGCGCUUGACACGAAAGAACCACUAGGUUAUGACCAUCAACCCAGUUAUCCUGCGCUAUUAGAGAGUGCAAAAAGUUGCGAGCUCUGCCGGUUGAUCAGCGAAGUUGCAGAACGGGAUGGAAUCUUCCCCGAGUUUGAUCCUAAGUUCGAUCAGAAACCUGAUCAAAUUGCUAGGAAAAAUGCUUCGCAGCGGCUCAAAUUGAGCGCAUUCCAACAAUUCACGGCGGAUUCGAGCUCGACCUCUAAUUGCCGGCAGCUCUCUGGAGUUCGUAUCUCCAAUGCCCAAGGCUUACAUGUUUGGCUGGAGAUAUUUGCCGAUAAAGAUAGUGCAGCGGCGCGGUCUGGCGAUAUUACUGGCAGACCUAUUAAUAAGAGCUCUGGCUGCGCAUCGAAUUUUGACCUGAUGUUAUCAUGGAUGCAAGCUUGCCUCCGUUUCCAUCGUCGUUGCUCACCCAUCUCAUCGGUUGACGACCCUUCUCAACAACACAACACACAACCAGAUCUGCCCACAAGAGUCCUAGAUCUCGGCACAUCAGACAUCGAUAUGAUUCGGCUCUCGAUAUCCAACGGAAGCAAAGGACAGUAUGCAGCAUUAAGCCAUCGCUGGGGGAAACAAGAGAAAAUGGAGUGUACAACCAAUGCAUUACUCGAAAGCCGGAUGAGUGGCAUUGCUGUCGACAGCUUAAGUCAGCUCUUCCGAGAUGCAAUUACCGUGACUCGUAGACUUGGGCUUUCGUACUUAUGGAUUGAUUCCUUGUGCAUUCUGCAAGACAGCCGAGAGGAUUGGGAGCGAGAGUCAGCCCUUAUGGGAGACGUCUACGGCCGCGCAACAAUCGUCAUUUCUGCUAUAACAUCUGAUGAUGGCUUCUCAGGAUUUCUAAGACAAAGAGAUACUAAGAGCGUGCGUGUCAGCUACCGGAAGACCAUUGCGGAUCCAGGAACUGGCUUCAUCUACUUUCGAAGUCCCAAAACUAAUUUCACUAUUCUUAACAAAUGUGCUCUCAACAACCGAGCCUGGGUCUGGCAAGAACGGAUACUAGCUCCACGACUUCUCAGCUUUGCUGAAGAUCAAAUAAUAUGGGAAUGUAGAGAGCUGCGAGCCUCUGAAGGCGGAAGACAGGAGGACGCGCAGAAGAACACAGCUCGGAAGAUUAUGAAUUUCUUGAAGGACUUGUCACUUGACCGGAACAGCUCAUCUCUCAAAGCUAAGGUCUUUCUUGCUUGGCGAGACCUCAUCUUCCAAGCCUCAAAAUCUGGCAUCACCCGCGAGUCCGACAGGCUCUACACUAUCCUCGGCAUCGCCAACCACGUACAAAGAGAAACAGGGUCAGAGUACCUUCACGGAACUUUUUUCGAUGAUCUUGCUCUUGAGCUUUUCUGGAUUGUACAACCGAGAGAUAAGUCUUUCUUCACUUGCAGGCCUACCGCACUUCCUCGUGCUCCGUCUUGGUGCUGGGCUUCGCUCGAGGGACCUAUAAGAUUUAUGCAAGAUGACCUCAAUGGUUGUUCCGUUUGCUUUGAGAUGGCCGUAUUGAAUAAUGCCCCGAACCAACCUUCAGAUGCCCUUAAGCCGCCGUGGGGGCUGAACCUUCUAGCCUACGUGAGGGGCUGCGAAGUCACCAAAAAUGGCACAUAUCAUGAUCAGGACAAUAACCUAUUGGCAGUAUCACCAGAUGAUGAGGGAUGGGUGAGAGCAACCAAAGCAGGCGGGUUCGCUACGCUGAAUGAGACAGGAGCCGUAAUCGGGGGUAGCACAUUUGAUCUCCAACCAACUGAAGAUACGUUGGGAAAGUACUGCUGUCUGCUGCUUCUAGAUAAUCAUAGCUCGCGCUUUGCCUCACGUAGGUACGGUAUAGGGUUGAUAUUACGAUCGAAACGAAUGCCAUCGGAAGCACAGGAUACGUAUAUAAGGAUGGGGUACCUUUCAUUAUCAUCUACAGGGAUCGACUGGUUAACGGAGCUAGACCGAAGAGUUAUAACUCUUGAGUAGUCUUGCCAGGGCAAAUCGACUAUUGUAAAGCUCGAUCGAGACUUCUAUACUGCAAAUUCGUGCGCAGAUGCUAGCAAUGAAUCUCCG